AUGGUCUCCGCUAUCACUCCUCCCCCUCCCUCCGCACCGCCCUACCGACUCGCCAAUCUUGCAAAUCUCACCUUGGGCUAUACCGUCUACCCUUCGUGGACUCAGAAAGACGGACUUGUUGCCAUGACAUCUCCCCCGUCUCCUCCAUACAACGACGACUCUUCGAAAGCUGAGCGCUACCCUCUGAUCAUUAACAAUGCGCUCUACACCCCACCGGGAGUUUAUAGUGUCCGACAGCUGGUCGCCACCGCCUCGCCCCUUCUCGAUGUCAUCAUAUCUCGCCUUGGCCCAGAUGGACCGAACGAUGUCCCUGCUCGCACUGUCCUCGUAAAUGGUCUGGCAGCUUCUCUUGCAACCACGGGUCGAGAGUCUACACUGCCACUGGUCCACUCGUCCCAGGAUACUGCUCGCAGAGAGAUUGUGAUCCAAGCAAACAAGAUCGCAAAGACACUGGUUGGAUACGUCCACGAUAGCAUCGAUCCUACCAACGCGCAUCCCAAGAUACGACUCCGAAGUCCCUGUGAGGGACAUCUCUGGACUCCAGCAGUUGCAAGCCUUCUUCUGGGACCUCGGAGCGACUCGCAGCUAAUGGAGCUCUAUAAUGAGUGGCUUCAUCGGAUGAUUCUUCUUCGUGACAGUUUGAUUCCCUUUGAGAACUACGACAAGGUGCCUUUCGUUAUUCCUCGUGACUCAGACCGAGGUAUCCGCGAUCUAGAAGAGCCUCGGAAGCUUUUCCUUGUACACUGUCUGACAGGCACAAUUCAGCAUGUCGCUAUUGUUGACCUGGCCAAAGUGUUCACAGCGCGACAUCUCCCUCGAGGUGGCUAUGGCUUUCAGUACUCUCAAGGCCUCGUUUUGCCAGCCUUCCUGUCCGGAUCUACUUCUCUUCACCUACUACGUUAUCAUCCAGCCCAUGUCUAUGACUCGGAGAGCGAGGUCUUGUUUGACUACGAGCAUAAAGAGUACAUUGACGCUCCCAGAACAGAGCUUGCAGCAAGUGAAGCCCUCUCUGGAGACGGUAGCUGGAACCUGCCCUCGCUGUUAGGGGUUGACACCAGGGUCACCGAGUCUUCUCUGGCCAUUGACGCUGGGAAGGACGCUCUCCGACGCAUUGUCAAACUACGCCUCACACUGUACUCGGGGAAGUCUGUGUCUGUUGACCUCGGUCAGAUCGCCCGUGGUCGACGUUACGCGUAUGAAGUCAAAGCGGACAAGGGACCUACAAAUGGAACAUCAUCACCCAUCCUCAGUGCACUGUCGGCACAAGGUGCUAAUGGCACACACAAGACCAUUGUCCACGAUGCGGCAGACAUUCUCUCGCGACCUGGACUUGUCAUCUCACCGCGAGUAAAGGAUGGUCAUGGAAACACAAUCCACAUCAUUCCUACAUCAGACCCUAUUCUGAAGUUAGCGCUCCUCGGAAAGUUUUAUCCUGAAAAUGUAAUUCUAUCACGAGAAAAGGAUAACAUUGAUGCUCUUAGUAAGGCUGGUAAGGGAUUUGCGGAGCGCCUGGUAAUCUUGGAUCGGAUUAAUGAGAAGGCUAUAAGUUAG